UUAAUGCGCGGAUUUCAAACUCGACAUUUGAUGGCGAACCGUAAAAGGAACAGGCCAGAGGAUUGGGAGGAUUUGGAGCCAUCUCCAGUUAUUCAUAUACGGGAGUUGCCAGAACAUACUCUCGAGCUGGACUUAAUUAGAGUUUUUGAACAGUUUGGCUCUAUUAGGGAUAUUGCAAUGAUUCCACAUAAAGGUCAAGCACUAAUUGAAUUUGAUGACAUUAACUCAGCAGAAAGAGCUGUUGCAAGAUGUUCAGAGAAUGCCGUGAUGUUUGCUAACCACCGAUUGAAGGUUAACUAUAGUACAUCCAAACGUGUGGUCCACCGACCUCUAGAAAAUGAUAACCAGCACUCCGAAUUGCCUCCCGAAAGCCGUGUACUUAUGUUAACGGUUUAUAAUGCUCAAUAUCCUAUCACAGUCGAUGUCAUCCAUCAAAUCACAGCCAAACAUGGACGCGUUUUACGCAUUGUCAUUCUCCGUAAAACACGAAUACAGGUACUUGUAGUUUGACAUUUUACUUGUUCAAAGGCUAUGGUGGAGUUUAAAAAUACGGAAGAGGCCCGGACUGCUAAGCGGCAUCUUAAUGGGGCCGACAUAUAUUCUGGCUGCUGUACACUGAAAGUCGAGUUUGCUCGUCCUACACGCUUGACUGUCACUCGUAAUGAUCAAGAUUCAUGGGAUUUUGAAAAUCCAUUAUUACUGUCUACCUCACUUAAUGAAGCUGAUGGGCGUGGAGAUAUUUCUCUAUUAGGACGUUUUGAACGUUCACGUGCUCGACACGAAAGCUCAAGGUCUGUUAAUGGUGGUAACUUUGGCUAUCAUGAUGGUUUCAUAAAGCAAAAUGCUGUCGGGCUUAGUGUCCCACCUGCUUCGUUCUUGGAUCAGUUGGCUUUAAAUUACCAUGUAUCGAGGCGUGGUCUCGAUGGAUUGAAUGGUCAACCUUAUGCUAGGGCUGCAACUGCUGUCAUAAUGGUAUAUAACAUGGAUAUGGAUCAUAUGAACUGCGAUCGCUUGUUCAACCUUCUUUGUCUCUAUGGUAAUGUUGUUCGUAUUAAGUUUUUGAGGACUAAAGAAGGAUCAGCUAUGGCGCAAAUGGGCGAUAACGUUAGUGUUGAUCGUGUCAUUACUAACCUGUCAGAAGUCCCAUUGAUGGGAAAUGCAUUGUCGAUUCGUCCUAGCAAACAACAACUUAUCCUGGACGUACCGAAACCUUUUGAAUUACCAGAUGGUACCCCAUCUUUCAAAGACUAUUCAGGGUGUCGUGAAAAUAGAUAUAUAAAUCCAGACAAGGCGAGUAAGAAUAGGAUUUAUCCACCAUCACAUACUCUGCAUUACUGGAAUUGUCCUCCGAGUUAUACCCCAGAGGAACUGCGCAAGUUGAUUGUUGAAUGUGGUGCUUCACCACCUCGCCAAAUUGCACCUUUCCCAAGGAUUAGUGAUAGAUCCUCUUCAGGCCUUGUAGAAUGGGGAACAAAAGAUGAAGCCGUUACUGCCCUUGCUUUGUGCAACCACCAAGCUAUUCCAAACACCGAAGGUCGUUAUCCAUUUCUUCUUAAACUGUCAUUUUCAAGUUCUCCUGUCAAUGAUCGAGCAUUUUCAGGUUCAAAGAAGAUUGGCUCAUCAAAUAUUGGAAAGUCAGCAGCAUCCGUAGACUCUAGCGAGUAUGAAUAGUUAAUGGAUAGAUCCGUUGAAUCUUAUUGUAUUUUCGAAUCGUAUGUGUGUGAAUUCAUACAUGCAGAAGAGCAAUCGGACAGCACCAGUCAAGGAUGAUGAAACAUGUGCCAAAGUGGUUUCAUGAUCAUUUAGUUCCGAACAACUCGAUUAUUUCAGGGAGUGGGAAAUCAUGUUCCUCGAUAACAAGACACAAUUUAUUCUCCUUUUUUUGUUGCGAAAAGUGACAACCCGAAGUGGCUUUUUGACACGACUUUCUGCGUUGUAUUCAUUAAAACUGUUUCACUAUUCAGUUGGUCACUUUGUUCAUUCGUGUCACCACGCUAUCGUGUUUGGUAAAUAUCUUAUAAUUAGGCCGUAUUGUUUAUAGAAGAGUUUGGUUUGUGCUAUUUACUCAUCGAUGCAUCUUGUCUCUGGACUGUUGGCCAUUUUCUACGUAUUUAUUUGCGUUCAUGAUUAUGUGUACAUUGUUCGACUCAAAAAUGUCAUCGAAUAGCACUUCUGUUCAUCUGUAUGCCUAACAACUUUUGUUCAUGAAUGAAUAUCUUUUGAGUUUCACAAUUUCUUUAUUGAUACUGACCUUUUUAAUCCAUACAGUACACGACACACGUUCUGUACAUUACUUCUACUAAUUAAAAACUCCAUUUCCUGUAUAAAUGUUAAAUACAAAUAACGGAUCUCGCCAAUGCAUGUGAAUACAUUUAUGCUAAACCCGCAUAUAAAAAAAACAUGCGUUAGGGUCACAACGCUUUCUACUAAAUAUCAAGUGAUUACAUAUGUUUAUUCAUCUUAUCUACUAAAUUAAAAAUUUGUAAUCGAGUCAAUUUUUCGCAGUCAGAUACUAAUUAAUUUAAUGGAUUGUCGAGUCAGGUUAGCCGAAUUUUAUGAAUUCUUGUAUUAUGACGUAACAGUUCGUGGGUUUUAGUUAAAAUGGACUUUUCAGUGAAUUUUCGUUCACAGUUAUUUCGUAGUAAUAGUUUAAAUCAUUUUCUUUUGGCUAAACAGAAGUGAACUGUUCAUGUUAUCCUAUAUAAGUAACAUUCUUUGAUUAGCUUUCACCUAUGUGUCGUUCUACAGUUUAUUUUUGUUUUUAAUUCAAGUGGAUAUAACAACAUAGGAUUUCUGAAUAUUUGAAGUUUCUUCAAUAAAACUUUUGUGACAGCAGAAUUCACAUUAUCUCCAAUGUGUAGUUCAGUUAGCUAGGUUUCAAUGAGAUUGUUGUUUAAAUUUUAUUCGUAGUUAUGGUACCCUAAUGUUCAUCUUUAAAAACACUAAUAUCGUUCGACCGAAUUCAUUUGAUUAGUUCUUAUUUUUUGAUUGAACCAAGAAUCAAUCAUUCUCUUGUUUUCCUUGCACUUUAUUUAUUUGCCUUCUAUUAACUUCAUUAUUUUCGUAAUCCUUUGCUACUAGUUUUUUGAAACAUAAAUAACAUCUUUCGGUUUCUGUAGAGUUCUACUUGGUCAUAUUUUUACCGGGUUUUUCUGACUAUUCUGUUUACUCGUGGAAUAUGGUUUGAAAUAGUUUUCGGGUUAUGUGGAGUGUUAUGUCAGUAAGCAUAUUGCUAAUAUGUUACAUGAAGGUGUUCAUAUUACAUUGUAAUAACAAUAUUUUAAUUUGACAUUUGAUAUACAUAAUUCUCAAAACAUUUAUUAUAAAUUCAUGGCCAAAUAUCAUAGCAAACUAUACAAGUUAAAAAUAUCCAUGCUCUAAUUGUUCAUUGUUUCCCCCAUCAGACUAUCCGUUCAACAUAACAAACGAACACAGCAUUUGUCAUCAAAAUUUAUUAUCAUAUUCUUCACAUGGUGAUUCCUGUGGUACAACAAUCAACGCAGUCGCACUAUGCAUUCAACUAAAUUACAUAAUCGCAUAUUGAAGCUGAACCACACAUCAAUCUUCAACGUCAAUUUAUUAUUUCAAUUUAUUCAUACUGUCAUUCUUCCCUUUUCUGUUUAAUUAGUCUUCAUAUAUAUCUAUAUCUAUAUAUGCAUCAUUGUCAUUUAUUAAAAUUGGUGUGUCUAUUACUUGUCGCUUGCCUAUUGGCUUUAACUAUUGCUAACUGACACUCAUGAAUAUGGAGAUGGCAUUUUUAAAAAAAUUCUAAUACAAUUUUGAUGCUAACUGUUUUCUGUUUAACUGACUAUAUGUUUAUGUGUUCCUGACACCGUUAUUUUAAUGUUUAUUUGCAUGCUAUUUUCGCAUUUAGGACUUAUAAGUGGGUAAAUUUAUUAUGUUUUCGCAGUAAACAUAUAUCCUGAAUAGUUAAUUGUCGGUUUUAUGUCUGGUUUGACUAUUCCUAUUGGUUUUGUUGAUUACAACAUACCAUUAUUUUCGUGAUCAGUGUACUUUGUCAGUUACCAUAUAUAAUUUGCAGGUAUUUUUUGUUUGUGCGUUUUCUUUGACUAUCUCUGAUUGUUCAUACUUUGUUAGUGCAUUUAAAAAUAAUAUACACAAAUAAAAACAUUCCCUUAACAAUCUUA